GUGCGUACGCGGUCGUGAUUGUUGUGAAGAUGGCGGAGGGGGAGACAGAGAAGGAAUAUGACACACGGAAAGCUAACGAGGAGCUCCGAGAGCGCUUCCAGGCUCUGACCACAGCUUUGAAAGAGAGUUCGCAAUCUCCGCUGGAAGCCUCCCUGCAUUUCUGCCAGGAGUUUUGCCAGGUAAGCCCGCUCGAACUGCUGCUCAUCCCGGGGAGCAGCCUGCAGCCCCUCUGGCUUCCUGGCCGAGGAUGCGCGUCUACGUUUGCUACAACAAUGUAGCUAGAGAGCUAGCUGCCCAGCUAGCAGCCUGGCAUUCAAGAUGGGGGAAAAAACUCCUGUCUUGGUCCUAGCCCUUUUCGUGCUAUUUGGCUGUGCUGUGAACUUAUUUGCAAAGUCUGACUACCAUGCGGCGAGAAGUCAGAGCAGCGUGUGCGUGCUGUGCAUGUAUUACUCGUAUUUUCCAGGCCAGAUAGCUAAUAGCAGAUGAAUGCUGCUAGCUGGUAUGCAGGGUCCCCCUGUCCUGUGCAGUGGUCAUGCUGUGCAAAAAAUGGAUAGCUACGUUAGCGAGAUUUUGCAAUGCGAUUGGACAGCAAUGCACGAAAUAAAAUGGUAAUACUCCAUAUGAAAACAUAGUAACACCGUAAUAACACAGCAUCUCCGUGAGUGUCCAGGUUUCAGUUUCUGCAAAAAGGGGGUUACUUUUGUGGAGCUCUUAUCGUACGGAAAGAUCAAUGGUUUUUUUUCCCUCAAAGGUGCUAGCUCAGGCCUUGUGCACUAAUUAAUCCAGUGAAUUCAACAUACAGGGAUGUUUAUUACAGCCAUACAGCCAGCAUCAGCAAAAGAUCUUCAACUGAUGUGAGUGUUACAGCAGCCGAUCAGCCUGCAGCUGUGAUUUGAAAAGGGAAAGUGUGGCUGUGGUCAGUGACUCCAUUACACAUCCAUCCUGCUCAUUAAUUUACCCUGACCACGUAAACAUCAAGCGCGAUCCCCAUCUAUCUAAUAUCUGAAUGAUAAUGUGUGGAUUAUUGUUGCUGCACCAAAUGAGGAAAAUAUGAUUAGCCUGUUUUUUUUCCUUCUUUCUCUCAGUUGGGGGAAUUAAUUCAUGUUAAAAGUUGUUUAUGGAAAAUAAGGGGUGAGCCUCGGAUUGUGUGCAUUUUUGUCUUAUUGCGGCUUAUCUUAUUUAUUCAAGUUCAGCAGAAGGAUAAAAUGGGUCUGAGGAGAAACUUUUUAGAGGUGGGACUCUUGAUCAGUGAAAAAAAAUGGAGGGUGGUUAAAAGUGGUUGUUUUCAUGGAGCCACACACUUUUUCCUUGUUGCCUUAGGUUUUUACAUCUUGACAAGAUUUGGUAUUGAAGACAUCAUACUGUAAGAUCAGAUCCAAUAACUUUUUUCUUUUUGGUGGUUUGUGAAACAGUGACUUUUUUUUCUCUUCAAGUAAAUGCAAUGGUUUUGAGAGAUGCUGUGUGAUGCUUUAUGAAGGUUCUUGUAAGGUUGAACAGUUCUGUGUUAUAGUUGUGUUAUAGUUUUUCUACAAGCUUCAAAUCUCCUAACCUUAUUUUGGAUUACUUUGAUAAGAAAGAGCAAGAAUUAGCAGACGACUUUUCAACCCGGAGUUAAACAGAGAUACAAGUCCUGAUCUCAUGUUUGUUUCAGACAAUUUUUUUUCUCUAUUUAAAUAUUUCUGGUAGAUGCUGCCCACCACUUUGAUUAAGAAAUCACUAUUUGUUUGGCUUCUGUUAUGAGAAAAGAGGCUGUGCUAUCAAAAGACAAUAGCCUAUUUGUAACUACAUCUUUACAUCUACAACUGUUAUACUGAGCUGAGAUAACACAAAAGAUAAUUAUAAAAGAAAAUCCGGAAUAUUUAGAGGAAAAAUAGUGAACUUUUCUUUGAAGGAAGUCAGGUUUGCACAGUUUUGUUCUGGUCAUCCUCUCCAAGGCCAAAUUACACACAGGGCCCACAAGGCCACAUGGUUGAUCCCUGAUAAAGUGACACCACUCAUAAACUCUAAAUGUAUUAAUGUAAGUUAAGAGUGUUACAUUUUUAACAAAUACUCAAAAAGGCCUGUCAAAGGUGACUUCCACAAUGAAUUUGUUUUUUAUCCAGGUUGUUGUCUUUAUCACUAAAAACAGAAUUUAUGAUGAUUAAAAAAUUAACAAUUAAAUACUCACAAUUGAGAAAAAAAGUCCUGUAAUUUUGCUUGUACUUAUAAAAGUAGAUUUAAGGCACUGCUGAAGAUAUCUUUCUUUUAAUCAUUGCGUUUGUUCCUACAAAAGUCAUAUUUUCCAGCACACCAUAAUUAAUCUGUAAUGACUUUUGCUGACUUCGCAGUUUCACAGCAGCUGUACUUUUUCGGUUUUUAAAGAAACAACAACCUUAUUUCAUGAGUUUAUUCUAACGGUAGUUUUGCUCCGCUUUCCAGGUCCUUGUGGAACAUGCGAGCCGUUGGAAAACUGACGAGGAUCCACUGCCUUUGCUGGAGGUCUACACUGUGGCCAUCCUCAGCUUUGCGAAAGCCGCCUCCUGUCUCUCCUCCGAAUGUGAAAACGUGCCACUCCUACUUGAAAAGUUAGCACUGUGAGUAGAAGCUCUGCAGUGUUUCCCACACGUUGACUUUCUUUGGCAGGCUGCCAAGCUUUAAUAAGAGCCGCCAAAGUAUAUUCGGUGACCCAUUUUAGCAUUUUUUGGGCAUAUUUUAAUCCUCUAGAGAGCACCAACACCAUCUGCAUUGGAUUCAGCAGUGGAGAGUUUGCUGUAUACUUUAUUCUAGAUCCAUAGGUCCAUACCACAGUAAUAAAAGCUUAAGAAAUAGAAAGCAGAAAAACAAUACAGGGAUAAAGAUACUGCUACAAGUCUUCCCAUGCCCUGAAAUUCAUUUUCCUGUUUGUUCUGCAGUUGAAAGAAGAGUUUGAGUUGUAUGCCUGGUAGAGAAACAAACAGAGAGAGGGGGAUGUCUGGGUUUUAUCAUUGUUUAAGGUUUAUUUAACCUGAGAUUUUCAAUCAUUGACAAAGCAACCCAAAUGAUGCUGUGAAAAUAGGUCAAGAAAGGUGCAAGUCAGUUGAAGUCACUACAUAUGGAUAGAGUGAAACAGAAAGGGGCGGGGCCAGAUAGUGUGUCCGCAGUGAGGGAGGAGAUUUGGAGAUUUGUGUGUGUCAAAAAGAAAAGCACAUUAAGCAGAUUAAAGUUAUUUAACUUGAUUUGAGUUCAAACUAAUAAAGGUGGAGAUUAUAACUUGAAAUGGAGACCUACUAACAGUUCAGGCAUAUGUUUUCAAUGAUGUGCUUUACACAAAAUGUUUGUGAUAGUAUCAUCAUUAUGUCAUAGCUGCAAAGAACCACAGGUUCUGGAUGUUCUGGAUAUCUUAUUGGACCCAAUAGUAAUUGACUUUACUGCUAGACUAGUUUGCUUUAUUCUUCUGCCAACUGUGAUCUCUGGAGAUGGUUUUGCUCAACAUUUUACAGCAAAUAUAAAACAAAACACAACUAAAAUCCAAAAGGACCAUUAAAUAUGAGAGAGGGGAAAUGCUCAGCAAAUGUUUAAAGAGACAACUUAGCUGGCCAUUCAAAGUGCUCUUGAAGUAGUUAUGGAGGCAAAGUCCUUGAGGCUGGAGUACAUAGUAGAAAUGUAGGCUACCUCUUGGGGAGCUUUGACAUAUUUGGGAUAAGCUAAAUUGUAUACUUUGCACACAGAGGAAUCCGAGGUGAAUGUUGUUAAACUGAAAGAUGAAACGUACCGAGGUUUGUUUAAAAAUACUCAUCUGGCUUCUCUGAGUUGCUUUUUAUCAUGAUUGUGUGUAAAACAACCCUGACCCUUUAUCAAAACCUGUUUAUGUAACUCCGUGCUCUGACUUUACUGACUUAAUAUCACACUUUGUGCACAGCUGUACUUUCAUGAGGUGUGCAUGCAUCCUUGACCUAAAUGUGGCUUUAACAAAUAGCUGUGUUGGAUCCACAGGAGCUGUGCGGAGCUGCUGCUCUUACUGCCCCAGCAUGUCCCUGGUGCCUUAUGGGAGGAGUUUCAAUCCUCCAUGAAGGUCAGUAUCCCCCGAGCUGUUCAGAGAGGCUUAUCUUUGGCCUGAUUAGUACUACAGAAGUUGAUUACUAGUUUCUCUUUGUUUGGAUAAGCUUAUCAUUUAAAAGUAAAAAAAAAAAAAAAAAAAAAAAAAAACAGACGGACAGACUGUUUGGACCUGUUGGUUUUCAUUUUAUGAAAUAAUCUUGUCACUAUGAAGAACUUCAAACCAUCGCAUGGUGACACACAGCCACUGCAUUAUUAUUGUUUUUCCUUUAGUUUCAUCAUUUAUUAACUAAGUAUCUUUUUAUUUUCGUUGCAGUUGGCACACAGCCUUUUGCAAGAAAGUGGGAGCACACAGCUUUGCCAGCUCUCAGCACUGGCGCAGCAGGAUGGCGUCUGGUCCAACACCACGCUAAGCAGCAUCCUCUCCAAUCAAACUCCUCAAACAGAGCAAGGUGAGCUGAUAUUUGGUUGAACUUCUACAGGAUCAUCAUUAUUCCUAUAUGGCUUACAUAAAAAUGUCUGUUUCCUCCUCUGUCACUUUUGUUUCUUAGUCCACGAGUAUCUUGAGCUGGAAGGCCCCACGCUUCUCAACAUGAGAAUAAAGCACCUAAUCAAAGUGGAUAGAGCUGAUAAAGCUGCUGUUCUUGCAAAGAUGUGCUCUGAGUACCCGGGGUAUGAAGGAAGAGGAAACUUUAAACAGACUUACUUGCUUUGUCUUUGCAUGACAAAAAGUCAGGAACAGCUUAUGGAAGAGGUAAGACUGAUAUAUGGCAAAAAAACAUUUUACAUUUCAACGUGUGCCCUCCUGUCGAAAACAAUCAGCGUGUUAUGUUAAAUCCUUGAACCAACAAUCCCCUGAACAGCUCAUAACGAUGUCAAUUUUCAAGAUUUUAUUUUUGGAAAACAUGAUUGAACAAAUGAACACCAAACAAAUUAGGUUUUGAAUUGGACUGAAAUGAAUUUCUAUUUAGUGAAUACAUAUUCAAACAGUUUGUUUCAUUUUCUAAUGUGCCAUUAUCUCUCGCUUCCUGCCAGAUUACAUCAAUAGACUGCAAAGAUGCUCUUGAAAUGAUCUGCAACUUGGAGUCAGAAGGAGAUGAGAAAGGAGCUCUGUGCUUAUGUUCUGCCUUUCUCAAACGACAGCUACUCCAAGGAGAUGUUUAUUGUGCCUGGUAAGUGUUGCAGUUUAUUUCAAAGACAUACUCCUAAACCACUCACAAAAUUACCCACAGGAGUACAGCAGUCAUUGAGUAAAUGUAUUAUGCAACCUGAAGCAAUCCUUGUAAUAAAUAUGCACAGAGGCACCCUCACUGUUGAGCAGUGUUGUAGAUUCAGUGAGUUUAAAGGUUUGCGCCUCUGAUAUUAAGUCCUCUCACAAAUUACUGACCAAACAUUUAAAAAGUUCAAAUUUUUAUUGUCUUAGUAUUACAUUGCAAAUUUAUUAACCGUAUUUUGGGGCUUUUUGCCAUAGUCCAACGAAACAAGAAUCCGUGUGGUGAAAAACGAUGAAGUAACUGCCCUUAACAGUUGUGUUUGUUGUUUUCCAGGGAACUCACACUGUUCUGGAGUAAGCUGCUCAUGCGUCUAGAGUCCUCAGCUGAUGCUUUUCUUGGAUACAGCAAAGAGAUGGCUCUGCUCUGCAGAAGUGUCUGUCAUAUUCUCUUUCUUAUCAAAGUAAUCCAAAAUGAGGUAAGAAGAUUCGGAGCUCGGAGCAAAACUAUAACAUAACUAUAACACAGACUUUCACAGACCUUUAUAGAGCACAGCAUCUCUCAGUACCAUGGAAUUUACUCUUUCUUUGUAAUCCCUGCAGGUGGGAGAAGUGGGGCUUCCAGUGUGUGUGGAAAUGUGUAUUCAAGCUCUGAAAAUGACCUCCAGUGACCAUAAAGAUAGCAAAUCUACUAUCUGCAAGACAAUUUCCUGUCUCUUGCCAACGGAUCUCGAAGUGAAGCGUGCAUGCCAGCUGACUGAGUUCCUCCUCCAGCCUACUAUUGACUCGUACUAUGCUGUUGAGUCACUUUACAACGAACCAGACCAAAAGCCUGAGGAGGACGGGAGUUUACCAGUGCCCAACUCUCUACGCUGCGAGUUACUGCUGGCCUUGAAGACACAGUGGCCUUUUGAUCCAGAGUUCUGGGACUGGAAAACACUGAAACGCAACUGCUUGGCACUGAUGGGAGAGGAGGCAGCUAUUGUGUCAUCCAUUGACACUCUCAACGACACAGAUGAACAGGAGGUGGAAAGUGCAAUUGGCAAACUCCCCGAAUACAGAGACUUGGAGGAUUUUCUGUUAACCACUACAAAUGAACUCAAUGAAAUCACAGAUGAAAGAGAGAAAAACAGAGAGGCGAAAAAACUUCGGGAGCAGGGUUUUGUGUCUGCUCGGUUCAGAAAUUGGCGAGCUUACAUGCAGUAUUGUGUUUUGUGUGACAAGGAGUUUUUGGGUCACAGAAUUGUUCGCCACGCACAGAAGCAUUUCAAGGAUGGAGUGUAUCUUUGUCCAAUUUGUGCUGACAGUUUUGAAAGUAGGGAGGUUUUAGAGCCACAUGUAGCAUCACAUGUAAAGCAAUCGUGCAAAGAAAGACUAGCUGCAAUGAAAGCAGCCAGGAAGGUAACCAAACCACCUCAGUCCCCGAAAAGUCCAGCAAAAAAUUCAAAAGUUGCAGCAAAGAUGAAUAUUAGCAGUCCUGUUAAAAUCGAAGCUCAAACUGAUGAGCAAUUGGCAUCUCCUGUUAAGCUAGAACAAACUACAUCAGACACAAACAUGAGUCAAGACUGUUUCUGUCCGGUCAAAAACUGCUCCAAGGCUUUCAAGUUUUUCCGCAACCUCAUGGCUCAUGUAAGAUCUCACAAGGAUGACGACGAGGCCAUGAGGUUUUUAGAGAUACAAAAACAGAAAGUGGUGUGCCAGUAUUGCAGGCGGCAGUUUGUCAAUGUCAGACAUCUGAACGAUCAUCUGCAGAUGCACUGUGGGAGCAAACCUUACAUCUGCAUACAGUUGGAUUGCAAAGCCAACUUUAACUCCAAUUCUGAGCUUCUCAUGCACAGAAAAACACAUCCUGAGUUUAAGGCACAGUGCAUGUUCCCCAACUGUGGCCAAGUUUUCAGUGAGGCUUACCUGUUGUACGAUCAUGAGGCACAGCACUACCUAACAUACACCUGCCAAACAGAUAACUGUGGGAAGAUAUUUUACUCGCAGUCUCAGUUCUUGUCCCACCAACAGAUUCAUUGCACAAAUGGUGCAGUCAACAGUUUGCCCAUGACAAAUGAAAAUCCUCCUGUCACUCCGAUAGUAGAUGCACCACUCCAGAGCCCCCUGAGCACAGAAAACAUAGGUCCUGCAGUCAUCAGCCUUGAAAAUAUAGACGCAGGAGUAUAUAUCAAGGAAGCAUCAAACUCAAACACCUCACCAUGCACAUCACCAGACCUUUCUAAAGAGGCGCUUUCUAUAAAAGUUAAACACUCGAUUGAGAGCAUGCUUAAUCCUGCAGGAGACCCUGAACUACAAGAACCAGAGAAAUGCUACACUCCUUUAGCAAGCCCUACUCCAGCAGCAACUGAAGUGAAUCCAGUACCAGAGCCUCAUCAUGUGCACCCCAACGUUGCCGAGCAAAGUGAUGCCCCUCCAGCGUACCCUGUACCCAUUGCAACACAUCCUGCAACAGGUCAGCAGGGAGAAGGGCUUAAUAAUGUUCCAGUCAGUGAAUUUCCUAAAGUGGUCCCACAAAUCAUGUCUCCAAGUCAAAUAAAGACAGAGGUUCCCUCUUCCAUGCAAGGAUAUCCUACAGGCACACCUGCUGCUACUGCUGCUAAUGAGGAGAAUCUGCAUUGCUGCCCAUAUAGUGACUGUACGAGGGCAUACAGUACAAACAAAAGUCUGUCAAGGCACGUGAAGAAGCAGCACCCUGAAAUAUUUGAGGAUUGGAAGUUGGCAAAGAAAUAUAACAAAGUGGCCAGAAUUACAGCAAAAAAGGCACCAAGCGGGCCAACUUCACCAAAUCAAUGUCCGAACAUGGGAAACCGGCCUCCAAAUCAGUCAGGAGUACUAUGCAACAAACCUGGAAUGCAGCAAAUGGAUUACCCAAUGGGCUGUUCUAGCUCACCUGCCCAGUGUUAUCCUGCAUCUAUGGAGCCCGUGCCUAUCACUCCAAUGGUGAACCCAACAGUGUACCCGUCAUGGGGAAACACAAAUAAUCCAAGUGGAAUGAUGCAGCCUGACAUGUCCCAGUCAUGGUCUUCAGCCCCCAUGAAUAACUGUUAUCCAGAGGCCUUCAACAUGAAUGAGUACCCCUCUCGGAGCUACCCUCAGUGGCAGGCUGACCCUUAUCAAACAGCAGCAGCCCCACCGCCUGAUAGAGAUCCUUCAAUGGCAGCUAUGCAUGGUUCUGCCAUGUCACAUGCUCCCUCAGACUCAAGCUUGAUGUCUCAGUAUGUUUCUAGUUCGCUGAUGCUUGACAAUGGAGGCCAAAUGCAUAACGGAGGGCAUCAAUAUGGGAUGAUGCAUCAAGAUGGCAGUGGAGACAGAAAAGCCACAAACCUGACACACCACUUGGAUAAUGGAAAUAGUAUUUCAACAAUUGAUAGCCUCCCUGAAGGUAGUUAUCAUACUCCAUAUGCUCAUAGUGAAAACUCCUCUCUUACUCAAGGCUCUUCAGCUGACAUUCCCAUGAAAUGUCUAAGUCCUGUGGCCCAAAUUGCAUCAAAGGCUGUAAAUGAAACUGCAAAAACAGAGACUAUUUCUGCUCCUGGUUUUGACCAGAUAGACAACUCAGCCGAUGGCAUGCUCAGCCCACAAAGUGUCACGCAUGGAGAUUUCUCUUUCGAUGAGGAAUGUCCUAAUGCUGACUGUGAGGGGAACAUUUCAGAUGAAAAGGCCGGUGACCCUGAAACACAAAAGGCAAAACGCAGCAGGUUGAGCAAGCGAACCAAAUGGCCAGCCAUCAUAAAGGACGGCAAGGUUAUCUGCAGGAGAUGCUUCAGGGAGUUCACGAGCACCAAGUCUCUCGGGGGUCACUUGUCUAAACGCUCUCAGUGCAGGCCUGUAGAUGAAAUUGACCUUACAGCAGAUCUGCCAACAUCUUUCCUUGAUUUUCUCAAUGACCCCCAUGUCCCUGACACUAAUGGGCCAAUAUUCAACAUGUCUAAUGGAGAUUUCUCACAGGAGUCUUGUAGCUUGACAACUUUGUCUUCACCCAUGGCAUUAAAACAAGAGCCGCAGUACACUAAUAUAACAGAUUAUUCAAACUCUUUAUCUGUUACCCCUGACAACCAGCCAGAGAAGGCAGUCGGGCUGGCAGAUCCAGCUCUUGCUGUACCUUAUCAGGAGGAUCACUUGAUGGAAAUCUCACAUGCCUUUCAAAGGCUGGAUUUGAUUGAAGCUGCACAAGAGAAGAUGAGGAACGCUAUGUCGUUAGGACAAAAUGUCACUCACACGGAUGUAGCCCAUGUUGUUGAAAAGAGUAAAAAGCAAAGUAAAAGUGAUGACAAGCCCUCUGAAAAGGUACCCAAGCCUUUCAAGUGUGACCAGGAUGACUGUGAGUACUCAUUCAUGACUAAGGAGGCAUUAUUCAAGCAUCUGUGUAGAAUGCAUGAUUACACAAACGAGAUGAUAGAAGAACUAAAGAGAACCCCUUCCAAACUGUCUCCAUAUCCCUGUCAGAUUUGCCCCAAAACAUUUACAAGAACAACAGGUUUGAGGAUUCACUAUGAAAAAGUCCAUCGACUGUCAAAGGCAGAAAUGCAGAAGCUUAAGAUCAGUGCUCGUAAUAGGCGUGCUUUCAGACUUAACAAAGAUAAUGGGUUAGUAAGCAGUACAACUACUGAUGCCAAUACCAGUCACAGUAAACAAUCUGCAGCACCAGUUUUACUCGCUAUUAAACAAGAACCACUUGACAUUGCAAUUGCACCUCAAAAAGAAAGUAACAAUCUCGAAGUUACUCAAAUCACCUCACCAGAAGGUGCACCUCAACAGGGCUUCACACCAGAGGUAUCGACUGUUACAAGACUGCCAUCACCUCAAGGCUUUUUGACUGAUAGGUUACUCGGUGAGGUGGCACCAUCAGCUCUUGAAAACUCACCUGAGCGACCUAGAGUGGCUGUUGUAAACAAGAGCCCAAAUGUGAAAAAGAAAUCUGGUUUGCAAGAGAAACUCAGUCCAGUUGGAAAAGCAAAAGAGCAGCUGGGGCAAUCAUUUGCAGCGUUGGGCAAAGCAAAAGAGCCAAAGUCCAGCCCCACCUCUGCAUCCUCGUCAUCCUCUCCAGAGAAACCCGGCAGCUCCAAAAACACGCCAACGAAGGAUGAUCUCCAGAGGAAACAGAAACAGCAGAAAAAGUUAAGCCUGAAAAUGUGUGAUGCAGAAAAUGCCUUCAGUCCGUACAGACCAUAUCGCUGUGUCCACGAAGGAUGCACUGCUGCAUUCACCAUCCAGCAAAAUUUGAUUCUCCAUUAUAGGGCCAUGCAUCAGGCAUCUCUACCUGCCAGCAAACCUGAACCUGAGAUUGAAGAAGCGAGCGUCCCAAAUGGGCAGGCGAGCCAUCAAAGCAUAAGCAAAGACGAUGAAGUCAGGUGUCAGGUGAAAGACUGUUCAAGAGUGUUCAUGGGAAUUACAAGGUUAAUUCAGCAUUACCUCUUACUCCACAAGUUCACCCGUGACAAAGCCACCUCCAUGAUGGCCAGCAUGACCAUUGGGACAUUCAACUGUGACCAGCCAGAGUGUGCUCUCCCUUUUGACUCUGUGGUUAAGUACAUUGAGCACAUAAAGAACUUUCACAAGGAGAUCGCUAUCUCAGAGAGUGGCACAGUUGAUCGAACAUUCAGGUGCGAGUAUUCAGGAUGUGAUCGUGUCUACUCUACAAAAUCAAACCUCCUCCGUCACCUGAUAAAAAAGCAUGAUUAUGUUUAUGAUCCGAAAGCAAGUGAUGGAAGACGGACUAAAUCAGCAGGGCUCUUCCCUCCAGUUAGCAACGGGAAAGAGAAUAUGGAAAACAAAUUCAAACUGAAGAAGAAAAACACUAAAAAGAAAGAUGGGAAGUCCAUUGAACACUGGACUAGUUUUGGAAAGCCUACACUAAAAACCCUCGAAGAGGCGUCAGCCAUGUGCACCAAAAAGACUGCCCUGCAGUACCCAUGCAUGAUAAUAGGCUGUGAUGCAGUGGAGCGAGCUGAAAGAAGUAUAUUUAAGCAUUACACCACUCAUGGCCUGACAGAAAGAUACAUUGAAGACCAGAGAAGCCAGUUCAUUUUCUGCAAAAAGUACUCACGUGCCAGAUUCAAAGAAACAAACAAAACGGAAGAUGCAGCAAGCUCGUCCUCUGAGGAGACAGAGCCAGAAGACACAGAAAAAUCUGGUGACCAGAAAACGGAAGAGCUGGUGGAAAGAUUAGUCCAAGAAGACAGUAAGCUGUCAAAUGAUGACAGCACAGAAUCUCAAGCUUCCACUGGGACAGAAGCAGGCAUGAAAAGAGGCCGUCCCAGGAAACCAGCACAACCCACACCAGCUUGUACAGAGCGGAUUCAAACUCUUAGAAAUCGAAUGACUGUUAGCUCAAGAGAGAACUCAAAUCCUGGUACCCCUACAGCCCAAGAACAACGUGACGACGGGGCUGUUCAGGGGACAUUCAAGCCUUUAGGACUUGAGGACUCUUUCCUUAAGUUCCUGGAAACCUCAGAGUCAACCCAAUCUUCCAAACGCAAAUUAAAUGACAAAUCUAGUGCUGAACUGCCGUCCAAAAGACAACAUACUCACAAACACAGAUCUGGAGUGAAAAGUAGAAUAACUCAUGAACUUAGAGGCUAUGGAAAUCUUGUAGACUUCAGAAAUCCCCUUAAUCUCAAAUCAGCAAACAAUGUCAAGAUUGUCAUGGAUAAAACAUUUUCAGACGGUGCUGAUCUUUUGCUUAAGCAGCUACAGUACAUGAGGCCCAUGGUCAUAAUAAAAAAGUGGCUAUAUAGCGGAUCCUAGCCCUGUAUUUUGUUCUCACCACAAUCUCACUCAGGAUUCGAGAUGUUAUGCUGCAGAAUGGUUUGUCAAUGCAUCAGAUUUCCAAGUGAUCAUGGUAACAGUCACAGUACACAAUGAAAUGGCCUAUUUUGUACUUUAUAAAAAAAAUGUCUCGGAUGAUUUUAAGUAUGUAUGUUAGUUAAAAUAACCAGGUAACCUAUAGGGCAUAGAUUUUAGAAUCAUGUUUGUAUUUAUGCUUAGUAUUGAAGAUUUUUUUUCUUUUGCUAAAUGGAGACUUUUAAAGAAAAACAAUGUUUUUAUAUAUCCCUAUGGGAUUUCAAGUUCUGUUUGUAUUUAUUUUAUCCUUUUUCAACACUAGUAGACCUAUCUGUAAUAUUUACAUGUCUUCCACAAAGUGUUCAAUAAAAUGUUACUGGUUCUUUUUUAAAAGAA